AUGGUGGAGGACACCAUCUUACCAGACACCAUCACACAAGAAGAGACUGAGGAGGACACGGUCAUGCCAAAAGAGACCGAGGAGGACACCAUCUUGUCAGACAUCAUCACACUGAGAAAGAGAGAUGUUCCUGAUGACACCAUUACCAUGACACCAUCACAUGGGAAAACCAAGGAGGACAAUAUUUUGCCAUACAGCAUCACACUGGAAGAGACUGAGGAUGACAUCAUCAUGCCAGCUGAGAUCGAGGACAUCAUCAUGCCAGAAGAGACCAAGGAGUACUCCAUCCUGCAAGAUGCCAGCCUGCUGGAAGAGAAUGAGGAGGACACCAUCUUCCCAGACAACAUUACACGGGAAGAGACUGAGAAGGACACUAUCAUGCCAGAAAUCAUCUAA